GCCGCUGAACCUUCAGGGUUGGCUAUCGAUCUACGCACUGCGCCGGAGAGGGCAACUUUGCGUGUGUGCAAAUGAAUGCAGCAGCGUCGCUGGCUCGGUUCGUCAUCUGACGAUCUGAGCGACUUGCCAUAGAAUUUGGACGGAGAAGGGAAAGCCGCAAAACUGCAGGCGCAGGAGAGACCCCCACCGCUCCAUUAGCGCUCCGCUCCUUCGCUACUGAUGUUCCGAUUCGAGUCGCUCCUUUCGGUCGAGGACGCGCUUUAGCAAUGAUCGCGCUGCAGGACGCCCGACCCAUUACUUCAUAAGCUUUUGUCCACGUUUCUAAAUAUCUUAGUAUUUUUUUUUUAUAAAGAUCACAGUUGUGGGAUUUAUCUGGCGUUUUAAGACAAAAGGAAUACAAUGCCGGACCAGAUUACCGUGGCGGAGUUCGUGGCCGAGACGAAUGAAGAUUAUAAAUCGCCCACUGCCUCAAACUUUACCACACGGAUGGCUCACUGCAGGAAUACUGUUACUGCUUUGGAGGAGGCUCUGGAUGUAGAUCGCAGUGUCCUGUACAAAAUGAAGAAGUCGGUCAAGGCCAUUUACACCUCUGGUCUAGCUCAUGUGGAGAACGAAGAGCAGUACACUCAGGCGCUGGAGAAGUUCGGCGAGAACUGCGUGUACCGAGACGACCCGGACCUUGGCUCUGCCUUCCUCAAAUUCUCCGUCUUCACCAAGGAGCUCACCGCCCUCUUCAAGAACUUGUUUCAGAACAUGAAUAACAUCAUCACCUUCCCAUUGGACAGUCUGCUGAAGGGAGACCUUAAAGGGGUGAAGGGGGAUCUGAAAAAACCUUUCGAUAAAGCCUGGAAAGACUACGAGACCAAAGUCACCAAGAUCGAGAAGGAGAAGAAGGAGCACGCCCGGCAACAUGGAAUGAUCCGGACGGAGAUCAGUGGGGCAGAGAUAGCGGAGGAGAUGGAGAAGGAGAGGCGCUUCUUUCAGCUUCAGAUGUGCGAGUACCUUCUCAAAGUAAAUGAGAUUAAGGUCAAGAAAGGCGUGGACCUGCUGCAAAACCUCAUCAAGUAUUUCCAUGCACAGUGCAAUUUCUUCCAGGAUGGCCUGAAGGCAGUAGACAACCUCAAGCCUUCCAUUGAAAAGCUGGCCACGGACUUGCACACGAUCAAGCAAGCUCAGGACGAGGAGCGCAGGCAGCUCACACAGCUACGGGACGUGCUGAAGACGGCUCUGCAAGUGGAGCAGAAGGAGUCUAGGAGAGAUUCACAGGUGCGUCAGAGCGCCACCUACAGUUUGCACCAGCCCCAAGGGAACAAAGAGCAUGGUACCGAGCGCAGCGGGAAUCUGUACAAGAAAAGCGAUGGGCUGCGGAAAGUUUGGCAGAAGAGGAAGUGCACGGUGAAGAACGGGUACCUGACCAUCUCCCACGGCACGGCAAACAGAGCACCAGCCAAGCUCAACCUUCUGACCUGUCAGGUGAAGCACAACCCAGAGGAGAAGAAAAGUUUCGACCUCAUCUCGCAUGACCGAACGUAUCACUUUCAGGCAGAAGAUGAGCCAGAAUGCCAAAUCUGGAUCUCGGUGCUGCAGAACAGCAAGGAGGAAGCACUCAACAACGCCUUCAAGGGCGACCAGCACGUGGGCGAGAACAACAUUGUGCAGGAGCUGACCAAGGCCAUCCUGGGCGAGGUCAAGCGGAUGGCGGGCAACGACGUCUGCUGCGACUGUGGCGCUCCAGGUCCCACAUGGCUCUCUACCAACCUAGGAAUCCUGACCUGCAUAGAAUGUUCCGGAAUCCACCGGGAGCUGGGAGUCCACUACUCCCGAAUCCAGUCCCUCACCCUGGAUGUCCUGAGCACAUCAGAGCUCUUGCUGGCCAAGAACGUGGGAAACGCUGGCUUCAAUGAGAUCAUGGAGGCCAGCCUGAGCACAGAAGAUGCAGUCAAACCAAAUCCAGCCAGUGACAUGCAGGCGAGGAAAGACUUCAUCACGGCCAAGUACACGGAGAAGCGCUUCGCCCGUAAAGUGAGCCCCGACACCACCUCCAGGCUGCGCACGCUGUGUGACGCAGUGAAGGCUCGCGACAUCUUCUCCCUCAUCCAAGUCUACGCUGAGGGAGUGGACCUGAUGGAGCCCAUUUCUCUGGCCAAUGGGCAUGAGCAGGGUGAGACGGCGCUGCACCUGGCCGUGCGGCUGGUGGACAGGACCUCGCUGCACAUCGUGGACUUCCUCACCCAGAACAGUGCGAACCUGGACAAGCAGACGGUGAAGGGAAGCACGGCACUCCACUACUGCUGCCUGACGGACAACAGCGAGUGCCUCAAACUCCUGCUGAGGGGAAAGGCUUCCAUCGACAUUGCUAACGAGGUGGGCGAAACCCCACUGGACAUCGCGAAGCGUCUCAAGCACCUGCAGUGUGAGGAGCUGCUGAACCAGGCACUGGCGGGCAAGUUCAACGCGCACGUGCAUGUGGAGUAUGAGUGGCGGCUUCAGCACGAAGACCUGGACGAGAGCGAUGAAGAUCUGGACGAGAAGCCCAGCCCCUUGCGCCGAGAGGAGCGGCCGGUCAGCUGCUACACGCCGGCUGGGUCAGCGCUGCAGGCCGCGCCCUCCGGCCUACCCAAGGACAAACAAGAGCGCCGCUUCCUGCCCAGCGUGGUCACCAACGAGACGUACGGGACUGUCCUGAACAGCAACCCCCCCGCCGGCAUGCCCACGUCCUCUUUGGCCCCGCCGCUGCCACCCCGAAACCUGGCACAACUGGCUGGUCUCCAGGGUUCUCCAGUGUGGAAGCCUGGCUCCGUAGACCUGGCAGGCAGGCAGAGGUCCUCCUCGGAUCCGCCCAACAUGCACGCCCCUGUGCCGCCCAUGCGGGUCACCUCCGCCUCCCUCAUAGCACCAGCUGCCCCGCCUCCUCCUGUCGCUAAGACAACCGGUGUGAUGGAGGCCAUGAACGUGCACCCCAAACCGGGACAAGUGCUGGUGGGACAGAACAUCAACAGGACCACCGCCCCCAGCUCCGACAAAGGCGUCAGCAAGGGUCCACUGGUGCACUCGGACUCCAUUGAGAGACCAGGUAGAUGUCAAAGAAACUACUUGAACUCAAGGGAAGUUCCUGGAUCUCUUCAGAAUGCGACUGCUCAGGCCCUGCCUCCUGGACAAAUGCCCAGGAAAGUGUACCCGAAACAGAGGCCCAAGCGUGUGAAGGCCAUCUACAACUGUGUGGCAGACAAUCCCGACGAGCUGACCUUCACCGAGGGCGAGAUGAUAGUGGUGGACGGUGAGGAGGACCAGGAGUGGUGGCUGGGCCAUAUAGAGGGAGAGCCGCUGAGAAGAGGCGCGUUCCCCGUCACGUUUGUGCAAUUCAUGGCGGACUGAGAGUCGGAAACCCGAGCGGACCGCCCCCCAGCCUUGCUGCCUCUCCCCUCGCUAAGCUCCCUCGUCCUGGUCGCUUCACCGAAGGUUUAUGCCUGCACUGACACCUGCCACACCCAUAGCUUCCACCAGCCUGCAGCAGGGGGCGCCGUUGGACAGCCAUUCAUGCUACCUGUUCCUUCGCUCCUACCCACCAUCCCUAACACCUACUCACAUCGCUCCUCUGUUAUUGUACAAGUUUUUCUGGAAGUUUUAAGUUUUACUUUUUUUUUCUCUCUUUUUUUCUCCACUGGGGGGGGUGCGGAGAAGUGAGUGUAGUCAGCGCCUUUGAUGCAAUAACUGCGGUGUUAACUUUGCCUCUCCUGGCUGUAGUGCGGAGACGGAAUACACUGUAGAGAUGAAGACUCUGUUCACAGCACGCCAUUCCUCUCACUGUGGAAUGGAAGAUUCCGGAAGGCCCCUUUUUCACGUGUGGUGCUGUUUGUACCUAGCUGAGCAAACCUGUGAAUCCGGUCCUGCUCACGCGCGUUCCAUGUCGGGCAUGGUUGACGAGGACAGGUUGAAGGAAAACGGAGGAGGUUUGACUGUGUAGGGAGGCCGGCAGUAACCCGGGAGGUUGGCACCAGCCCUGCCUCCCCGUGGGGGUGCCCCGCUGUCCCCGUUUCCACCCACGUCGCCCCACUUUGGAACAUAUAAAUAGACUUUCUGCUGUUCACACCUGGGAAAGCUCUGGCCCUGUGCUACGUGCCUGAGUUUAGGUGGAGGGUGGGGGCAGGAUAAGAAGCAAAACUGUAGACCUAGUAUGUAAACCCAGUAUUUUGUGUGUGAGAGAAUUUCUAUUUUGUGAUGAAUGGCAGUUCAUGGAGUAAUUCAGAGAAAAAUGAAGGAGCCCUGUGAGGGACCAGGGCUUGGGGCUUGUGCUGUGACUCGCUGGCGGCACCCAGCAUCCUGCUGGCUCUUCCGCAGUUCAGGACAGGGUAGUGUAAAUGGUGGUCUCUCUCUGUGGUCUCGGUCUCACUCACUCACUUUAACAUGAAGCCUCGUAAAGUUGAACCUUUAGGUUCAUGUGGCCUAAAGUUCCCAUAGUUCCACGAGAUCUCCUUGUGUUUUUGAAGGAUGUUUUAUUAAUGUUGGGGAAUUCAUGUCUGACCAGCUUACAGGAUAUGUGGGACAGGAGCAAUGUCUCUCUCUCUCUCUCUCUCUCUCUCUCUCUCUCUCUCUCUCUCUCUCUCUCCUCAUUUCUCUGGAUCUAUUUCAGGGAAAAAUUGAUCCAUUCCUCAUAUCUAGUUAACAGACGUGGAGAUUGUAGAUGUAAUGUACAGGCAUACAUUUUAUGUGAUGGAGUUUUGAUGUGGUUGCAGAGCAACUCUAUAGAUUGUGUUAUAUAUAACAUUUAAUUAAACAAGACGCGUAGUCUCUGUUGAGCUCAACAUGGUGACCUGUAACAUUAGUAGCGAGAGGAAAUGUAAUUACUUUCUAGAAUAUUCCUCUGGCUUUUAACUCACUGGAAAUGAACAGAACCUGUCUGUAUGGGACUGUAAAUAAUUGAAGACUUAUGUGCCUAUUUAAUUGUAAACUGAAGAAAACAAAAAACAAAAGGAAAAAAAACCAUCUGUUUUGAUGUUGUGUAUCAAUCCAGGAUGCCCAUGUAGACCUUCAGAGAAAACUUAUAACCAAGACAAGGAAACCACUUAGAUUCACCCUCAUUUACUGUGUCCUGUUGACUCUAAUACUGUACAAAUAAAUGGAAAACUGGAAGUGAACCAAA